AUGUCUCUAUUUGAUACGAUUGGUUAUCAUGCAUUUGAAGUAUUGGAUGAUCUUGGCUAUGGUGCUUCAUCAUUUGGAAAUCAGCAUAUGGCUACACCUUUAGGUAAAGCUAUUAUUGAUAAAGUUACUGGAAUGAUGUCAUUUCCAAUGGCUAUAGUUUCAUUGUCACAACCUAUGACUUCUGCUAUUGGUACACGUCAACAUCAGGAAACAUAG